AGAUAUCCUCUUCAUCCAUAACAAAUCACAGCAUACACUUAUUAGUUACUACAACAACUUAAAUUAAUAGUAAUUCCCAAGCUUCUUCCAUCACCUCGCUUUCAAAAUGGCUCAAGCAAUCGCCCAGAAGCACAUGACUGAACAAUACGGACCUUAUGGUUCACAAUGCCCUGAAAACUACAGCUUUAAACUUCAAGAAGGUGAAAGUAUCAAGGAAGUGAUUGUAAGGCAUGGGUUCAUUGUCGAUGCCAUUGGGUUCGUCGUAGCUAAGCCAUGUGGUGGUACCUACACCAAGAUGUUUGGUGGCACUUGUGGAAACGAAUCCAAGAUUGUGCUCAAGUGUGGUGAAAAAAUAACUCGAAUUAGCGGCACCUAUGGUAACUACGUAUACCAAGGUGGUCAAUGCUUGAUUGCCACAAUGAAGAUCCACACCAACUUAUGUCCAAAUGGAUACGGACCAUUCGGACAAGGAAAGGGUAUUGAAGGCACCGCAAAGGAUUUCUCUUCUCCAUGUACACUCGAUGGCCCUAUUGUCGGAGUUUUUGGAAGGCACCACAACUAUCUCGAGUCUGUUGGAAUUUUCGUCGAGAAGAAGGACUGCCCAUGCGCUUGAAGUGUUUGGCUACCGCGAUGGCCUCAUCUUUCGCGAUUAUGCUGUGGGAUUUUCUUUGUUUCCAAUAAGCCACAUAUCAUGUUUAUUACUAAUCAAAGUGGCCUCUCAAGUGUGAUGAUUUGUACCCAUUAAUCAACUUGACUGAUUAUGUUGUAUCAGUCUUUUUAAUAUAUAAUAUUAACAAGCGUUGAUAUAUCAA